ACUUUGUUUCCAUCUAAUUUUGAAAGUCUCCCCGGUGUGUUCAAUCACUGUUUCAAUUUCUCUAAUGGCACAGUCCACGUAAAGAAACUUCCUGGAAGAAAAGUGGCAUGUGUCUUAUGAGACCAGCAGUCCUUGCAUUAUGGAGGUGCUGAAAUUGUUAUAAAUAUUAUAAAAAGCAGCUUAAGAUAUGUGCUGUUGUUUGUAUUUUCUAGCAUUUAUAAACAUGUAGGUAGGUGUUGUUUUUUAUUAGGUAUUCAUGCACAUUUGAUCCAAAAGAUUUGAUUUUGUGUCAGGCUUUCAUGAUGUUGUUAUACAAAGGGGAAACUCUGAAAGGUGAUGCUGCAGAAUGCAAUUAUGUUUUCUACAGAAAGACCAUAUUUGUUAUUUUGAGGUUGCCAAAAACGAAGUUUUCCUCAGUUACGAAGAUUUCUGUGAGCUUCAGUGCUUAAUCCAUUUCCUGUCAGAGAUUCCUGAGAUGAUGUUCAUCACAGUCUAGUGUCUUUUCUUUGGGUGAUGAGGAGAUGGAAAUUAUGUCCUGAGGGAGACAGAGUUCUCUGGGUGACCAUCAGUGCCCCUUGACUGCCUUCUUUAUCUAAAGAUUUGAUGGCUUCUCUAGAGAAAUAUUUGGAAUGGAGACAGGGACAGGGAGGAAUCUUCAAGGGAAGAACAAGGGAAGUGAAGAAACUCACCGGGGAGGGGAAGUGUUUCACUGCAUUUUCAUUUUGACUUUUCUUUUUGGCUUUGGAGACCUGAGAAAUACAAAAUGGGUCCCUGUAGUUGCUAUAAAUAUCUGGUUGCAUGUAAAAUAGAAGAUCGUUAAAUUUGGAAGCCAACAGCAAACUUCUCAAAGUAUUCCUUUUCUCCUUUCCCUAUUUACUCAUUUUUAGACAUGAGGCUCUGCUCUGCAGCUGAGUGGGGCCCCCAUAGCUGGGCAGAAAGCAGAACGGUGUGAGCUGCAGUCUGUACAUGUGGCUGUCAAGCUGGGAGAGAAAAGGAGGGAUGCUAUAGGUCUGUGCUCAGCAGUACUUGCUGCUUUUCUGACUUCCCUCUGGCUGUACUCUUGUGUUUGGGGUACUGCUCUACCCCUUGCACAUACAAAGUGUACUCAAGAAUUAGCUGAAGAGCAGAGCUUUCUGGUCUUAUUACUUCUCAGCAGAGGACAUGUUUGACAGCUUCUCAGUUCAGACUUUUUUAUUUCUUGUGCAGUUCCAAGCAUCUCAGAGACUUUUCUUUUCAAACCUUUCUUACAUUUUUGUUAAUGUUGGCGAGCUUACAGGAAUCUGCUAUGAAUUUUCUCCUCUGUUUACAGCAAGUGAGAAGGAUAUUAUCCACUCCAGACACUCACUUGUAACAAUUACAGCAAUAAAAGCAAUACCCUUCCCUCUCACAAGAGGGAUGUUCAGGUUGGCAGCCAGCUGGGGCUACUACUUUUCUGUUCUACUUCACCAGGUCAUCUUCCCUUUCUCUCAACACAUGUGAAUAAAGCACAUGCUUGGAGAAGUCCUGAGGAACUGCUUUGUUCUCCUGACUAGGAGCACAAAUGGUCCUUCUCCUUUUGUAGCCAUGCCAUGGCCUCCUGAGCAGCUUCCCCUUGGAAAGGCAGGAAGGACAUUGGAAGGCCAGUGGGAGGACUGCCAUUUCUUGACUGAGUGGAUCAACAGAACUCUGAAAGAGGAACACAUAGUAGUUAAAAGUCUGGAGGAAGACCUGUAUGAUGGGCUGGUGCUUCAUCAUCUCCUGGAAAACUUAGGCUCUCUCAAGCUGGAUGUUGACAAGAUUGCAUUAACAGAAAAAAAACAGCGACAGAAACUCUCUGUGAUUCUGGAAGCUGUGGCCAAGUGUUUGCAACUGGAAGAAAGUCAGCUGAAAUGGAGUGUGGAAUCUAUCUUGGCAAAGGACUUACUGAGCACACUGCAUCUUCUGGUUGCAAUAGCAAAGCACUUCGAGCCCACCCUGGCUCUGCCUCCAAAUGUUCAAGUGGAGACAAUCACCAUUGAGACCACCUCCAGAGGAUUAAAGACAUCAAAUGGGGUGGAAAAUAUCACAGAAAACAAAGAGAAUAUAGAAGCACAGUCAAAAGAUGAUGCCUUUGAUGAAUUAUUUAACUGUGCUCCAGAUAAACUGGAUGCUGUAAAAAAGGCACUCUUGCAAUUUGUUGACCAGCAUGUUGGAAAAUUAGGGUUAAAUGUGAGAGACAUCGAAUCUCAGUUUUCAGAUGGAGUUAUCUUACUUCUUUUAAUUGGACAACUAGAGGGUUACUUUCUGAAUUUAAGGAAUUUCUUCCUGACUCCGGCCAGCACCAUGGAGAUGCUCCACAACAUUAACUUGGCAUUGGAGUUGCUAGCAGAGGGAGGUCUUCUGAAUUUUCAUGUGAAAUCCGAAGAUAUUGUGAAUGGAGAUAUGAAGGCGAUAAUGCGAAUUCUGUAUUGCUUGUAUUCCAAAUACAGAACCAAAGAAGCAUGAAGAACAAGGCCAAGACCUUGAGCUGCCUUUUUUUGUUUGGUUGGUUUUUUUUUUUCCCCUAGGGCCAUGAGGUGAUUUUUUGAUUCCCAGCUCUGUUUGCCACUGUUUCUGGGCAUGCACUGGUGUUUGACACCUGCUGUGUUAACAUUGUAUAGCAAAUGUGUUGUUCAUUCCAGGUUCCACAAACACAGCCUGAGCAACUGUAAAUGUGUGUCCGCAGCAGUGUUCUACUAUGUAAUUCUAGGGCUGUAGCUCUUGUUCCAGAUCCUGCCUUCUGUUUUCUUUGAGCCCCCUCAAUGCUGCAAAGAAAUUAAAUGUAUGUUUAUUCUGGGCUCUGUA